AUACAAGACCUGGAACACAUUUUGGAGGAUAUUACUGAAAAUGAGAACAAAGCACAGACUCUACACAACUGGCUGGAAGCUCAGAGUGAUCGACUGAGAUCUUUACAAAUGCCAGCAAGUCUGAUCUCUGCGCAGAACACAUUAGAUGAUUGCAAGGAGCUAGAAAAUCAACUCACAACUAAAUUCAAAACUCUUGAUGAGCUCAAACAGAGUUUGGCUUUGAACAGUAGUGCAGAACAAACCCCAGAAGCUCUGUCUCUCAGGAUAGCUGAGCUGUGUGAAAUGAUGGACAACAUUGUAAGCCAGAUUGCACAGUUAAAGACCUCAAUGCAGUCAAUACUGGAGCAGUGGAGAAUGUAUGAUGAAGUUUAUGCAGAAGUCAGCCUGAUGACAACAAGAUAUUUGUACUGCAUGGACCAGUGCAAACAUUCUGUGGUGUCAUUGGAAGCUUUGAAAAACCAAGUCAAAACUCUGCAGUCUCUUCAAGAUGAAUCAGAGAACAGUGAAGAAAGUUGGGCCAAGCUCCAGGCUGCUGCCAGUAACCUGAAGAAGAACUGCUCUCCCUUCUUUGCAGAAAUUAUUGAACAGAAGUGCACAGAGGCACACGCUAGGUGGAACUCGGUCAAUGAAGACAUCACCGAUCAAUUGCAGGCAGCGCAAGCAACCCUGCAGCUUUGGGAGCCCUUUGAUACUUCAUGCACUGAGACAGCAGCCAAGUUAGAACAGCACAAAGAGCAGUGUGCUCAGCUCUUGGAUGCUCACAUACCUGAGGAUAACAUGACAGAAACCCUAAAGCAGAGGAUACAGGAUAUAAAGAAUUUACAGCAUGGCCUUCAAAACAUCACAGGAUGCUGUACCCAGAUUUCUUUGCUGGCUGAUAAGAUAAAACAGCAGGCUGGGACAGCUGCACAAACCAUUCUAUUGGAGAAGCUGCAGCCACUCCAGAGUGCAUCCUAUUUGGAAAAGAUGGUGCAGAGGAAGUUAGAGGAAUUUGAGUUCAAUCUUUCGCAACUGGAGCAUUUCAAGAAUUGCCUUGAAACACUGGAGGGUCAUGUCGAGAAUUGCACAGUCACCUUUGAUAGUCUCUGUCUAGAGGGAGAAACAGACAACUCGGAAUUGCUCAUGAAUUGCACACUGGAGCUUGCUGUACUUUCUCCAAGCAUAGAGAGUUUGAAUGAAGCAAGCAUUAAACUGCCACUCAGUGACUUCACCCUGAAGAAAAUGCAGAGCCUGACUCGGCAGUGGAGUCAGAAAAUAGCAGCUGCUCUGGAAUGCUGCAGCAUGCUUGAGGGAACUCAAAAGUUCUCUUUUCAUGAUGAAAAGAAAUUCCUUCAGAAAUGUGAGAACUGUAUGAAAUUCCUAGAAAAAAUGAAAGAGGCCUUAAAAACAAAUAUUCCAGGACGGUUUGAAGAACUGCAAGAGCAACAGAGAGUAUAUGAGAUGCUGCAAACUGAGAUUUCCAUAAAUCAGCAGAUAUUUAAUUCUAUUAUUGCAAAAGUCCUACUCUCCUUGGAAUCUGGAGAAGCAGAGAAAAGAACAGAGUUUAUUUCCAAGCUCACGUUGCUGAAAGAGCAUUGGCAGAUUGUUAUCCGGAUUUGGAAAAAAGAUAUCGAUGGACUCGUGAGCCAGUGGCAGCUCUUCAGGAGUUCCCUGCAGAGCCUCAGCAGAUUUCUUGCUAAUACAAACAGCAUCCUCAUAGCUAUGAAGAGCCAGGACUGCUAUAGCCUUUACCAGCUUAGAGAUCUAAUUCAUGAUUUCAAG